AAAAACAAGAAACACUUACCAACCUAAGCGUUGGUAGAGAAAAGCUAAAUCACAAUGAAAUCUUCUUCUAAGAUGGGGCCUUCUGCCCAUCUCAUUUCCGCACUAGGAGUUAUCAUCAUGGCAACAAUGGUUGCUGCUUAUGAGCCAUACACAUAUAGUUCUCCACCACUGCUGUAUUCUACACCAUCUCCUAAGGUAGACUACAAGUCUCCUCCCCCACCAUAUGUUUACAGCUCCCCACCACCACCAUACUACUCCCCAUCCCCUAAGGUAGACUACAAGUCUCCUCCACCACCGUAUGUUUACAGUUCCCCACCACCACCAUACUACUCUCCAUCCCCUAAGGUAGACUACAAGUCUCCUCCACCACCGUAUGUUUACAGCUCCCCACCACCACCAUACUACUCUCCAUCCCCUAAGGUAGACUACAAGUCUCCUCCACCACCAUAUGUUUACAGCUCCCCACCACCACCAUACUACUCUCCAUCCCCUAAGGUUGUAUACAAGUCUCCUCCUCCACCAUAUGUUUACAACUCUCCACCACCACCAUACUACUCUCCCGCCCCUAAGGUUGUAUACAAGUCUCCUCCUCCCCCGUAUGUCUACAGUUCUCCCCCACCACCAUACUAUUCUCCAUCCCCUAAGGUUCUAUACAAGUCUCCACCUCCACCAUAUGUCUACAGCUCUCCACCACCACCAUACUAUUCUCCAUCCCCUAAGGUACACUACAGGUCUCCUCCACCACCGUAUGUUUACAGCUCCCCACCACCACCAUACUACUCUCCAUCCCCUAAGGUUGUAUACAAAUCUCCACCACAUCCUCAUGUCUGUGUGUGUCCACCACCUCCUCUAUGUUAUUCUCCAUCCCCUAAGGUUGUAUACAAGUCUCCUCCUCCACCGUAUGCCUACAGUUCUCCACCACCACCAUACUAUUCUCCAUCCCCUAAAGUAGUAUACAAGUCUCCUCCUCCACCAUCAUACUACUCUCCAUCUCCCAAGGUUGAAUACAAUUCCCCACCCCCACCAUCAUACUCACCUUCUCCAAAAACUGAGUACUAAGUUUCAUCCCCACCCUCGUAUUACCUGAAUAUGUAACUGGGAUUCUUUCAUAACCUAUUGAGUUUUAUUUGAUCUCAUCUUUUCUUUUCUUCUAAUGCUAUUUGUAUCCAAUAAUUUUUAAUUUUCUUGGUAUUGAUUCAAAUAUUUUGCUACAAAAGUUUCACAUGGUUAUGUUUGUUCUUUUAAUUGUGUAAAGGUUGCUUUCAAUUUAUAUGAAGUCCUUUGCAAUAAAUAUAUAAUCCUUUAACA